AUGCCACAAGUGGAUCUUGAAACUCUAGUCUCAGCCUGCGCCGGCGGCUCCUGCGACCGCAAAAUCGCCUGUGAAACCAUCGCCGCCGCCACCACCACCAACACCAACAAUAACCAUUCCCAACCACCUGCACAACCAGACUCCCCUGAUCUCGCCGAAGUACCACCAGAUUUCCCGCCAGAAUCCUUCUGGCUUUCCAAAGAUGCCGAACUCGACUGGUUCAGCACCAACGCUUACUACGAACGCAAAGACUCCACGAAAGGAAGCUCAAACUCCACAAACUUAAACCCGAACAUCAUUCCUAAUCCCAAUCCUAACCCCUCCAAUUCACAGCGUUUCUCUAGCUUACACACAAAAGCGUCCAUCAUUGGCUUACCAAAGACACAGAAAUCAACCUUCGUUGUUGACGCAAAGAAUCGCCGUAACUGUAAACCUGGAAAAACACGAUUGUUUCCUAAACGGUCCAGUUCGACCGGUAAAUCGGAUUCGACGGGUAUGAUUGAACCGUCUUCACCUAAAGUAUCAUGUAUGGGAAGAGUAAGAUCGAAGAAAGAUCGUAACCGUAGAUUGCGGAAACAAAAGCAACAACAACAAGAGCAACGAUCUUUUCAAUCAAUCGGAAAGAAGGAAAGUACUAAAAAGGACAAGAAGCAAAAAACAGGUUUCUUUGCCAGUUUUAAAGCAAUUUUCAGGUCUAAGAGCAAAAAUAAAGAUAUAUCACUGAAGAGUGGCAACGGCACGUCGUUUGGUGGAUCGGUUAGCGAGAGCUAUACGUUUAAGAAAUCGAUGGAUAUUAGGGAUCGGUUGCCGGCGAGUGAUAGAGAGGCACCAGCAAGAAGGAGCGUUGGAAUGGAACCGGUGGCCGGGGAGCCGGUUGUUGGUUUGGGAGGAAUGACGAGGUUUGCUUCCGGGAGGAGAUCGGAGUCGUGGAGCGUUGAAAUUGACGUGGCGUGA